AUGCUUCUCUUAGGUCAAGAACAACCAGCCAACGUGCGACUGUUCCAGUUGCGCAACGGGCAAUGCUCCGUGGUCACAAAUAAGUCGUUUUAUCGUGCGGACUCGGUUCAGUUAAUAUGGAACGAUGCGGGCACCGAUCUCCUCGUUCUGACGUCCACCAAGGUCAGUGAUGAGAGUUAUUAUGGCGAACAGGGUUUGCACUAUCUGACGACCAAGCAGUCGAGGGACACCGCAAACGUGGUGAUGCCCCGCAAAGGUCCGAUUCAUCAGGUUGUGUGGAAACCAUCAACAGCGAGCGUUAAAGGGAAAUCAAUGGGCGGAUCUUCAGCUACAGAAGAGUUAUUUGUUGUGUGCUAUGGAUGUAAGUCUGUCAAUCGAGUUGUAAACUGUCUCUUUAUCAAAUAG